CCAUGAGAACAUUUUCUCCUAAUGACCUUAUGAAAUGAGGCCUAUUAAUUAUUUCCUCUUGGAAAUGGAGGCACGGAGAGGUGAAGUAAUUUGUCCAAGGUCAUACAGCAAAGGAAGCGGCAGGAUGUGAAGCACAGGCUCGCUGGUUUGAGUCAGCGCGCUUAACCUCCGUGGUGUCUUAAAUAAUACGCGUAGUGCCACCAAGAUGCCAGGAUCAAUUCUAAAGCUUAAAACACAUAGGUCUCAAUCACUCAUUUAUUCAACACACAUUUAUUGAACUGCUUCGGUAUACACAUGGCUUUUCCAGGGCAUCGGGGAAACAGAAGGUAAGAAGAGACCAGAAUAUAAGUCCCGUUGGCCUGUGCGCCCCGGCAGGGUAGCUCCGAGCUGUCUGGGUGCUCGAUGGGCCCCGAGCAAGGCGCAGGGCACACAGCAGGCGCUCAGCAAGCGUUCCCUGAACGAACGCGCGAACCGAAGUGUCACGCCCGCAAGGCGUACACGGCCCCGCGGGGCGGAAACAGACCCAACACCACCGAGGCGUCCCGGGGCUUCUGGGAGUCCCAUCUGCGCGGCCCGAGAGGCCUCGAGGAGGCUCUAAGACAGGUCGGACCCACGUCCCCGGCGCCCUCCCCGGGGCGUAGCAGCUCAAAAGACCGAUUGAGCUGGCCCCCGAAAGGACGCUCCCCACGUCCCCAGCUGGGGGCCCUGCGUAGACCUGGAGUGGACACCCCCUCCUUCCCUUCAUGAUUCGUUUGUAGCGCAGUGGCGAUGGAUGAUGAGGAUGGGAGAUGCUUACUAGACGUGAUUUGUGACCCUCAGGCCCUCAAUGACUUCUUACAUGGAUCUGAGAAGCUUGACAGUGAUGACCUCCUGGAUAAUCCCGGGGAGGCCCAAAGUGCCUUCUAUGAAGGUCCUGGGCUCCACGUGCAAGAAGCUUCUGGCAACCACUUGAACCCAGAGCCCAGCCAGCCGGCCCCCAGCGUGGACCUCGACUUCCUGGAAGAUGAUAUCCUGGGCUCACCGGCGGCGGGGGGCGGGGGCGGCGGGGGCGCCGACCAGCCCUGUGACAUCCUCCAGCAGAGCCUCCAGGAGGCCAACAUCACCGAGCAGACACUCGAAGCCGAGGCCGAGCUGGACCUGGGCCCCUUCCAGCUGCCCACGCUGCAGCCUGCGGAUGGCGGGGCUGGCCCAGCGGGGACCACAGGGGCUGCCGCCGUGGCCACGGGGCCCCAGGCCCUCUUCCCGGGUGGGGCUGACCUGCUGGGGCUGCAGGCCCCGCCCACCGUGCUGACCCACCAGGCCCUGGUGCCGCCCCAGGACGUGGUCAGCAAAGCCCUCAGUGUCCAGCCCUUCCUGCAGCCCGUGGGCCUGGGCAACGUCACCCUGCAGCCCAUCCCAGGCCUUCAGGGCCUGCCCAACGGCAGCCCCGGGGGCGCUGCGGCGGCUACUCUCGGCCUGGCUCCCAUCCAGGUGGUGGGCCAGCCCGUCAUGGCACUCAACCCGCCCACCUCCCAGCUCCUGGCCAAGCAGGUGCCCGUCAGCGGUUAUCUGGCCUCGGCAGCUGGCCCUUCAGAGCCAGUGACCCUGGCAUCGGCCGGCGUCUCGCCGCAGGGGGCUGGCCUGGUCAUCCAGAAAAACCUCCCUGCCGCCGUGGCCACCACGCUCAAUGGGAACUCGGUGUUCGGAGGGGCGGGAGCCGCCACGGCCGCGGCCAGCGGGGCACCCUCGGGACAGCCGCUGGCGGUGGCCCCGGGCCUCGGCACGUCGCCACUGGUUCCGGCGCCCAACGUGAUCCUGCACCGCACGCCCACGCCCAUCCAGCCCAAGCCUGCCGGCGUGCUGCCCCCCAAGCUCUACCAGCUGACACCCAAGCCGUUCGCCCCCGCGGGCGCCACGCUCACCAUCCAGGGCGAGGCAGGGGGCCUCCCACAGCAGCCCAAGGCCCCCCAGAACCUGACUUUCAUGGCGGCGGGCAAGGCCGGCCAGAACGUGGUGCUGUCGGGCUUCCCGGCGCCCGCCCUGCAGGCGAACGUCUUCAAGCAGCCUCCCGCCACCACCACGGGCGGGGCCCCGCCGCAACCCCCCGGGGCCCUGAGCAAGCCCAUGAGCGUGCACCUCCUGAAUCAAGGCAGCAGCAUCGUCAUCCCCGCCCAGCACAUGCUGCCGGGCCAGAACCAGUUCUUGCUGCCCGGCACGUCGGCAGUCCAGCUCCCCCAGCCGCUCUCGGCCCUGCCGGCCAACGUGGGCGGGCAGAUCCUGGCGGCCGCAGCCCCCCACGCGGGCGGACAGCUCAUCGCCAACCCCAUCCUCACCAACCAGAACCUGGCGGGCCCGCUGAGCCUGGGCCCUGUGCUGGCCCCCCACUCCGGGGCCCACAGCGCAGCCCACAUCCUCUCGGCGGCCCCCAUCCAGGUGGGCCAGCCAGCGCUCUUCCAGAUGCCCGUGUCGCUGGCCGCGGGCAGCCUGCCCACACAGAGCCAGCCGGCACCCACCGGCCCCGCCGCCACUACCGUCCUCCAGGGGGUCACUCUGCCCCCCAGCGCCGUGGCUAUGCUCAACGCCCCCGACGGUCUGGUGCAGCCCGCCACCCCUGCCGCCGCCGCCGCUGGGGAGGCCGCGCCUGUCCUCGCAGUGCAGACGGCGCCCCAGGCGUCCCCCGCGGUCAGCACGCCGCUGCCUCUGGGCCUCCAGCAGCCGCAGGCACAGCAACAGCAGCAGCCCGCACAGGGCCCUGCCCUGCAGGCCGCCCCGGCUCAGGCCUCCACCCCCCAGCCCAGCCCAGGCCUGGCGUCCAGCCCGGAGAAGAUGGUCCUGGGGCAGCCGCCCUCUGCCGCUGCCACGGCCAUCCUCACUCAGGACUCCCUGCAGAUGUUCCUGCCCCAGGAGAGGAGCCAGCAGCCCCUCUCCACAGAGGGCCCCCACCUCUCCGUGCCCGCCUCGGUCAUAGUCAGCGCCCCGCCUCCCGCCCAAGACCCAGCCCUGACCACCCCCGUCACCAAAGGAGCUGGCCUUGGCCCUCAGGCCCCCGACAGCCAGGCCUCCCCGGCGCCGGCCCCCCAGAUCCCAGCAGCGGCUCCGCUGAAGGGCCCAGGCCCCUCGUCAUCCCCAUCACUACCUCACCAGGCCCCGCUGGGAGACAGCCCUCACCUGCCCUCCCCGCACCCUCCGCGGCCCCCUUCCCGCCCGCCCUCCCGACCCCACUCCCGCCCACCUUCGCAGCCCCAGAGCUUGUCCCGGCCACCCUCAGAGCCCGCCCUGCACCCUUGCCCUCCGCCCCAGGCCCCCCCCACUCUGCCUAGCAUCUUUGUCAUCCAGAACCAGCUGGGCGUCCCCCCACCUGCGAGCACGCCGGCCCCCAGUGCCCCAGGCCCACCGCAGCCCCCUCUGCGACCCCCCUCCCAGCCCUUGGAGGGGCCACUGGCCCCAGCCUCCACCUCCUCUGUCGUGGCCUCCUCCUCCGAGACGUCCUCCAGGCUGCCAGCCCCCACGCCGCCCGACUUCCAGCUCCAGUUCCCCCCUGGCCAGGGGCCCCACAAGUCCCCCACGCCCCCUCCGACCCUCCACCUGGUCCCCGAGCCCGCCGCGCCCCCCGCCCCGCCUCCUCGGACCUUCCAGAUGGUGGCCACCCCCUUCCCGGCGCUGCCCCAGCCGAAGGCUCUUCUCGAGAGAUUUCACCAGGUGCCGUCCGGAAUCAUCCUCCAGAGCAAGGCUGUGGGCGCCCCCGCCGCCCCGCAGACCUCCGCCAGCCUGGGGCCCCUCGGCAGCCCCACCGCCUCCGGGCUGGUCAGUGGGCAGGCCCCAUCUGGGACCUCCACCGCCCCCAGCCAUGCCCCGGCCCCAGCGCCCGUGGCCACUGCAGGCCUCCCUCCUCUGCUUCCCGCCGAGAGCAAAGCCUUUGCCAGCAACCUCCCCACCCUGACUGUGGCCAAGGCCGCUGCAUCUGGGCCAGGGAAGUCCUCCGGGCUGCAGUAUGAGUGCAAGUUGAGCAGCCUGAAGAAGCCACCUACCCUUCAGCCCAGCAAAGAAGCCUGCUUCCUGGAGCAUUUGCACAAACAUCAGGGCUCCGUCCUGCACCCUGACUACAAGACGGCCUUCCCCUCCUUUGAGGACGCCCUGCAUCGCCUCCUGCCCUACCACGUCUACCAGGGUGCCCUCCCCUCCCCCAACGACUACCACAAAGUGGACGAGGAGUUUGAGACGGUUUCCACGCAGCUGCUGAAACGCACCCAGGCCAUGCUCAAUAAAUACCGCCUCCUGCUCUUGGAGGAGUCCCGGAGGGUGAGCCCCUCAGCGGAGAUGGUAAUGAUCGACCGAAUGUUCAUUCAGGAGGAAAAGACCACGCUGGCCUUGGACAAGCAGCUGGCCAAGGAGAAGCCUGAUGAGUAUGUGUCUUCCUCGCGCUCUCUCGGCCUCCCCCUCGCCGCCUCUUCCGAGGGACACCGGCUCCCCAGCCACGGCCCAUCACCGUCCUCAGCGUCUGGGGCCCCGACCCAACCCCCUCUGCACCUGCCCACCAAGCUGGUGAUCCGGCACGGUGGGGCGGGCGGCUCCCCUUCCGUGAGCUGGGCCCGGGCGUCCUCCUCCUCCCUGUCCUCAUCUGCCUUGUCCUCCGCUGCCUCCUCCCUGGACGCCGACGAGGACGGCCCGAUGCCUUCCCGUAACCGCCCGCCCAUCAAGACCUAUGAGGCCCGGAGCCGCAUUGGCCUCAAGCUCAAGAUCAAACAGGAAGCCGGACUCAGCAAGGUCGUCCACAACACAGCCCUGGACCCGGUGCACCAGACCCCGCCGCCACCCCCCGCCGCCCUCAAGGCGGCCGAGCCCCCGCCCCGGCCCCCGCCGCCGCCCCCCGCCACCGGCCAGAUGAACGGCACAGUGGACCACCCGCCGCCGCCGCCGGCCGCUGCCGACCGCAAGCCACCGGCGCCGGCCCCCCACUGCCCCCGCCUGCCCCUCCGCAAGACCUACCGCGAGAACGUGGAGGCCUCGGGCGGCGGGGCGGCCGAGGGCGCGGCAGCGGGCAGAGCCCGGGGUGGCAGCCCGGCCCCGCUGCCCACCAAAGUGGACGAGGCCACCAGCGGGCUCAUCCGCGAGCUGGCGGCGGUGGAGGACGAGCUGUACCAGCGCAUGCUGAAGGGCGCCCCGGCCGAACCCGCGGCCGGCGCCGGGCAGGGCAGCGGCAGCCGGGAGCCCGGCUGGGAGGCGCCCCCGCUGCCCCCGGCCAAGCGGCGCAAGUCCGAGUCGCCCGACGUGGACCAGGCCAGCUUCUCCAGCGACAGCCCGCAGGACGACACGCUCACGGAACACCUCCAGAGCGCCAUCGACAGCAUCCUGAACCUCCAACAGGCCCCCGGCCGGACGCCCGCUCCCCCGUACCCACACGCCGCCCCGGCGGCGGUCACGCCUGCCUCCCCGACGCCCCUGCACAGGCCGGAGGCCUACCCGCCCUCCAGUCACAACGGUGGCCUCGGCGCCAGGACGUUGAACAGAUAACACCGGGCUGGUCUUCCCUUCCCUGUCCCCUCGCUCCGCAGGGACGCCGCGGGGAGGGGGGAGGGGGGCAGCCGGGCGUCCGACCUCAGCCUCCUGGGGGACACGAGCCGGGGACCCCUUGAGUUUUUCUUGCCUAAGUUAUUUGAGUCACAAAGGCCUCGCCCCCCACCUCCUGCUUCAGCCGGGUUGGUGGGUGGGGGUCGUGGAUUAAGGGGAGGGGCUGUAAUGUAAACUGUCCCCCUGCCAAAGGAGGGGGUAAUCCUGGUGUGUCAUUUCCUAUUUCUUCCCAUUUCCUGCACACUCCGCCCCCCCACCGGGGGACACGUGCGCUUUUGCCAGGGAUGAGGGCUUCCUGGCUGUCCCCACUGCUCACGCGUCUCCGGGUACCGGGCCUGUCCGUGUGGCUUCACGGAUCCCUGCGUGGAGGGCGCUCAGAGCCGGCAGGUCCUUGCGAGCUGCGCUCAGCCUCUCCCCACCGCCCCCCACAGGCCGAGAAAGGAAACGCACGGGAGGGGCGGCGUGAGCCUGCAUGCCGGGACCCCCAGCUGGGAGCGCUGUGCCCGCGGGCAGCUGUGUCCCAUCCGUGUGUGUGCGUCCCGCUCCGUGUCCUAUGUCCCUCUGUGUGCGCUCGAAUGAGAACGAGAGAUUGCGAAGCCUCCAGUCCCUCGACUGAAAUCCGAGCACCUCCAAAACAGGAAACCGGGGUCUUCCUCCCACCCCCUCCCCAGCCAGUCUUCCCUCUGUUCUUCCUGCCGCCAGCCACCCACGCCAGAUUUCGAAAUCUUGGAGACAAAACUAGUACUGUAAGAUAAAUUUUUUUGUACUGUAUUUAUUGUGUAUAACGAUUUUUUUAAAGGAGAAUUCUGUACAUUUAGAACUCUUGUAAAUUAAAAAUCGAUCCUUUUUUUUAAAA